UGGAUAUUUAUCCAAAACAGAAAAAUAAAAAAGCUGAAAAGCGCGAGAGAACGAGGUCUGAAACUUAUAGCACUAGCACGCAUAAUUGUUGGAGCUCCUAACCAGACGGGACUCCUCCCUAGCUCCGUCCACGCGCCGCCGUACGCUCUGAAAUCUUCCGUCGUCUCCGCCAUCUCCGCUGCCAGCCUUUCGAUCUGUCAUACCAAAUGGCCAACAGAGUUCAAAUUCCUACCAACAAUUCAGCCCUCAUUGCUAUGAUUGCAGAUGAGGAUACUGUAGUUGGAUUUCUGUUGGCUGGAGUGGGAAAUGUUGACAUACGUAGGAAGACAAAUUACCUCAUUGUGGAUUCAAAAACAACUGUCAAACAAAUUGAGGAUGCAUUCAAAGAAUUUACAACAAGGGAGGAUGUUGCAAUUGUGCUGAUUAGCCAAUAUGUUGCAAAUAUGAUAAGGUUUUUGGUUGAUAGCUAUAACAAGCCUGUUCCUGCAAUACUUGAAAUCCCUUCUAAAGACCAUCCUUAUGAUCCAGCACAUGAUUCAGUUCUGUCACGAGUGAAGUAUCUCUUCAAUACCGAAUCAGUUGCAUCUGGGAGACGCUGAAUUCACCGUUUACAGUUGCAGCUUUUUGGGGGUGUUUGUUGUUUUUCUUUGUACAUUAUGGUUAAUAAUCUUUUCUUGAAAUUCAGAGUUCUAUGUAGAUGUAGCUUAAAUAAUUUGUGCUGUCUUGGGGAUAAUUUAAAAUUCCUGUCACAGAACUUCAAGACGGGCGAAUAUUUUAUGGUGUCAUGUCAGAUUCAGAUGAAAAUUUAGCUUGAAAUAUGCAUUUAUAUAAUCUCUUUGACUAA